AUGGACAUGCCUGCGGAUCCGCCUCUGUGGUUCGCCUCUUUCCUUAAUAAGACGUCGCUAAAACUUGAUCAACGAUUAACAGCAUUUCGUAAAGAUGUUGUUAAUCACCUGACCCUGGCUAGGUCUAGUACCGGCACCAGCAUCGACAUUCUCCUCAAGGAACAUAUAGAGGUUCUGAAAAAGAGCCUCAUCGAGGAGAUCAAACGAGAUUUUCUCCAGCACGUGCAAAGUGCGUCACAGGUUGCGACCGAUGCCGCUCUUAGUGGCAAGGACGUAACAGGCACUGUGAUUCAGGAUAGGCCCCUCCCAGAGCAAGAUAGCCAGCUUGCUUCAGCGGCUGCAGGGCGCCCGCUUGAGAAGCGUGCGAGCAGGACGAGCAGCUCUUCUACUUCGGCUCUAUUAUCGGCCAGCGACGUAUCGGCCAGCGACGCAUUGUCGCCACCCUCUGGGCCUGACGACGGGAGAAUCAAAGAACUCACAGAAAUUACUGGUGGGCACCAUACGACUGGGAGAAAGGAUGAUAAUUUACCUGCUGUGGUAGCCGUGUCUAAGGAUGGUGAUGUCGCGUAUCGAUCCAAAGACGCUGGACCGGAAGACUCUCAUGUGUCUCAUCGCCCAGAUGAGGCUCAGUUCAGGGAAGAUAAGGACGAACCCGAGAACGACAAGAAUGGCGGAGAUGAGGGAGAGAAUGAAGGCGAGCACAAAGGCGGAAAGGAGUCCAGAGGAGAAGGUCGCCGUGUGGCCGUUCGCCCGCAGAAAACACUCCUUCCUUCACGGAAAAGGCCCGGCAAUAACGCAAAGCCUGAGAAAGCAUCGAAGAUUCCGAAGACAGGGCGGUUACCAGCAAAUCCUGAACUGGCACAGACGGUAUCACAUAUCAGAUCGGUGGAUAAGCUCUGCAACAUCCCUACAUGUCCUGUAGACGACCCCCCUAGUCCUGAUGUACUUUUCCUGGCAUCGGCAGUUCGUAGCAGGGAAGCGAUCAAGCAAUUUAUCUCGCUUGUAGCAAGCAGAUGGGCUCCGGACAACAUAUUUCGCUUUGAUUCUACACUGGACUCCGUCCAGCGCAUUGCUACCUCUCUCAAAAACGCUAGUAGCAACUCGAUCUUUGCGAAAUUCAUCUUGCGUCUCAGCUAA